AUGUCUCGACUGACUCUCUGGCUCGCGCUUCUCACCUAUGCCGAAAUCAUUGUCGUCGCAUUGGGAUCUCUCAUCCCUCACGAUGCUCGUGAACAUUCAAGUGCCAACAAGAGAGCAAUCUCAACUGUUUCCCAGCCAGUCAUUUGGGAAGACCUUGCCGAUAUCGAAAUUAUUCGCGUCAAUGAUACCUUCUACUACAGUGCUAGCACUAUGGCCUAUUCGCCUGGUGCCCCAGUUUUAAAGUCUACAGACUUGCAGAAUUGGGAAUACAUUGGUCAUUCGGUUCCAAGCCUUGACUUUGGUUCCUCCUAUAACAUGACUGAUGGAAACACUGCAUAUGUUAAAGGAAUAUGGGCUAGCAGCCUCAAAUAUCGCCCGAGCGAUAACCAGUGGUAUUGGAUUGGUUGUAUUGAGUUUGCCAACACAUAUGUAUACACUGCUAGUAGUCCCGCUGGCCCUUGGACUCAACAUGCUACUUUCGAGGGGACCUGCUACUACGACUGUGGACUGGUCUUUGACGAGAACGAUACCCCGCAAGUUGCUUAUGGGUCGACAAAUAUCCAAGUUGCCACAUUGUCAUCCGACUUGACCAGCCAAGUUUCCAACACCGAGGUGUACACCUACGACAAGUAUGUUGAAGGCUCUCGCUUUUACUACAUCAACGGUCUCUACUAUAUUCUCGGCGUUGCACCAGGUGCAGCCGUCCAAUAUGUUAUCAAGUCCUCGUCUCCUACUGAAGGCUACACCGGUGGGAAUGUUGUUGCAAACGCCCCUUCAUGUCCCGUCUCGAAAGGCGGAGCUCCUCAUCAGGGAGGAAUAGUCGAUGACCCUCAAGGGAAUUGGUACUAUAUGGCAUUUUGCGAUGCAUACCCCGGCGGUAGAAUCCCAGUACUCGCCUCUAUUACUUUUGAUGACGACGACUUUCCAGUAUUGUCAGAUGUCAAUUCUUGGCCAUCUACUGUGGAAGUGCCCCUGGAUCAAAAUGUACUCUCCUCGCCAACAGGUACAGAUGAGUUUUCCGGAACCUCCUUGGGACCUCAAUGGGAAUGGAAUCAUAACCCCGAUGAGACUUCCUUUGACGUUGAUGACGGAUUGACACUGCGAACUGCAACUGUGACAGAUAGCCUCUACAAAGCGCGAAAUACUCUCACUCACCGUAUACUUGGCCCGGUGAGCAUCGCUACCAUUGAGAUCAAUUUCUCCGAUAUGAAAUCCGGAGAUCGAGCAGGAUUAGCGAUGUUCCGCGAUGUCUCCGGUUGGAUCGGCAUCAUCAAAACCGAUGAAAGUGCACAGGUCUCUGUCUGGAAAAACAUCACUAUGAAUUCAGAUUGGACUGCAAAUUCGAUCGGUGCAUUGGAGACCUCAAAGGAUUUUUCCGAGACAUCGGUAUUUUUACGAGCCUCGGCUGAUAUUCGACCAGGAGGUGAUGCAACCGCACAGUUUAGUUAUUCUACAGAUGGUUCCUCUUUCACUGAUUUGGGAACUAUAUUUGCCAUGAACACGACCUGGAACUUUUUCAUGGGCUAUCGAUUUGGCAUCUUUAACUUCGCGACCGAAUCGCUUGGGGGUUCAGUCAGCAUCAAUAGUUUUGACUUGGCACUUGGUGCCUAA